AAAUGAGCAACGGUCCAGGUAUUUACCACUACAUCGGCAAAAAAGCCAGAGUAACCCAAUGGAAGUUCUCUUUAUCAUGGACUGAGAAGCAACUUACUACGCUUAAUUUUCUGACAGAUGUUCUCUACAAGGAUUAUGCUCCACAGCCGCCAAAUAAAAAAAUUGUCAACUGGGGUUUUGAUUUCUCUUGUCAAAUUGACGACAUUGUGCCUGGACUCAACACGGCUUUUGCCUUCAUUCUACCUUAUCAAAACGAGGCGAGAAAAUCCUGCAAUUCAGUAUUAUCCUUUCGUAUCAUUGCCAUGAUGGAGGUUCAAUACUUGCACGAAUAUGCCGGGAUUACCGCAGGCAUAAGUUUGCCAGUCAACACCCUACUAAAUUUCUCAGGUGUAAUAGGAAGCAGCUUAUUAUCCAUCGGCACUGACCUCUCCUUUGAUGUUGCCAGUAAGAAAUUUGACAAACUCAACGCUGGCUUGAGCUUCAACAGCUCCAUCUUCAUGGCUUCCUUGACCCUG